AUGUCACUACAAUUGUAUGAAGAGAGGAGCAUCAGCUCCUUUUUUGUAAAACCAACGACAUGCGAUCGCCACACCUGCAGCCAACAGACUGAAAUCUUUCAUACAUCGCGCAAGCCACGGCUACAGAAAUGCGCACAAGUUGUGUAUGAAGAUGACGAAGGGUCCUUCCUUGUUGCUUUCCUCUGUAUCUUGGUGAUAUGUGGGAUUCCUACGUACUUUAUAGACCUAGUGAUGGGACAGUUCUCGGGCAAAACAUCAUUCCACGCAUGGCAAAUAUGUCCGUUACUGCAAGGUAUAGGCGCUGGAGCCCUCUUCGUUCUUUUUGUCGUCAACACCUACUACAACCUGAUAAUUGCAUGGACGCUGUUUUACCUGGGAUGCUCCUUCUUUUCUCCAUUACCUUGGACGUCCUGUGAAAAUGACUGGAACACGGCUAACUGUAGCACUAACAGAACAGGAGAAUCUUUCGAGAAGGUCCAUCAGUAUACUAACGGAUCUAACACAACUAAUGUUUCUCAAACGUCUAGCAAUUUUAAGCUCGUAACUUCAGAAGAGGAGUUCUGGCGAUACCGGCUACUAGAGAUAUCGCCUGGUAUCGAAGAAAUAGGCAAUAUGCCCUGGCAUCUAGUUGUGUGUUUCCUAGCCGCCUGGUUAUUGACGUUCCUUUGUUUGAUCCGAGGUGUCCGGUCCUCAGGAAAGGUAGUGUAUGUGACUGCUUUGCUGCCUUACGUCAUCCUAACGGCAAUUCUCAUCCGGGCCGUUCUCCUUCCAGGAGCAGGGGAAGGCAUUCUCUACUUGCUCACACCUAACUUACAAAAACUUGUAGAACCACAGAACAAUGGCAAGUCAGCAAGGGCAAAAAUUAAAAAGAAAUCUGCCCGUUUAGCUUAA